AUGCUUGAGUGGCUGUGGGGGUGUGCCUGGGGAAAGCAGAGUCGUGCCCCGGUGGGAGCUCCAUCUGUGAGCGCCUUCAACCGAGGACAGCUGUUAUUUCAGCAGGUGGAACCACGGGCUGCCGUGAACUGGAGGGUGAACGUAGGGAAUCGUCGAGUUUUGGAAGUUUUGCACAUAAUUCUGAGCACCAUGAUGUUUAUGAUUCUCGGGGCUGCCAUAGUAAUGGCGGUAGCGUGUUUAACGGACAUGAACGCUCUUCUGGAUCGCUUUCACAACUAUAUCUUACCACAUUUAAGAGGAGAGGACCGCGUCUGUCAUUGCAACUGUGGAAGGCACCACGUGCACUAUGUGAUCCCGUACGACGGGGACCAGUCGCUGGUGGACUCCUCGGAGAACUACUUUGUGAGCAGCGGCGUCACCAAGCAGGAGAUGGACCUGAUGCUGGGCCUGCUGCUGGGCUUCUGCCUGAGCUGGCUGCUGCUGUGGCUGGACGGGGUGCUGCAGUGCGCCCUGCGGGCCUGGAGAUCCAGCCCACACCACGACAUCGUGCCGUGGGAGUGGCUGUCCCGGGUGUGUAACCUGCGGGAGCUGCGCAGGCGGCUGCAGCUGCGGCUGCUGGAGGACUCUGGGGGGAACAUGGUGCACAUCAAGCAGAAGCUCUACCACAACGGCCACCCCAGCCCUCGCCACCUCUGAGGCAGGCCCCCCCCCCCCCCCCCCCUCCUCCACCACCCCAGCCUGCAAACCUCAGAUGUGGCCAAGCACGCCUUCGACUCCACCCAACAUUAGCGUACUGAUGGCCCAACAUGCAGAAUUUGUUCCAGCAGAGAGACAGACAGAUGGACAGGCAGACUGAUGAUGGAUGGACAGAUGGACAGCCCACCUCCGAACUCCCACCUCUCUUCAGAGGGCGCAUUUCACCUGUGACUCCUCCCAGUCCAUCUCUGGCUCCUCCUGUUUCCUAUUGGACAACAGAACGCUCGACUAUUAACCCAUUCUGUUAGAGAUGGCGCCAUCCUGCCAUCUCAAGGCAUCUCCCUCUCCACACAUCCACCCUGAGACAAACUGCUCCAAACCAUGAGGGUGGUCCAUGGUGUUUUUAGGGCAGCCACCUACUGUCCCACCCUGGAGCCUACACAGCCACCUCAAUCCAUCAGCUACACCUUCAGCCUCGACCUCUACUAUCACCAGUCAAUGGUGCUGCGUCAGUUACAACAGCUCCACAAUCUCAGUAUUUGGUGAGACAAUUCACAACAUGGUUAUUUUUGAAACCUCUCGCUGACACCAGCAUAGCUUAGGCAACUUUCAGUCGACCCUCACCUG